AUGAACGCUGUGUUCAAGCCAUUCCUUCGCAAAUUUGUGAUAGUAUUUUUUGAUGAUAUACUGGUUUAUAGUAACUCUAUUGCUGAACAUUUUUCACAUUUGAGAACCGUUUUCCAAUGUUUAGCAACAAACCAGUUGUAUGCUAAGAUGAGUAAAGGCUUGUUCGCUCAAGAAUCUGUGGAGUACUUAGGCCAUAUAAUUUCCAGUUCUGGCAUCCAUGUUGAUAGCAGUAAAAUCAGUGCCAUGCUUCACUGGCCACCACCUCAGAAUUUGAAGCAGGUGCGAGGAUUUUUGGGCCUCACAGGUUAUUAUAGGAAAUUUAUCAAACACUAUGCCAGUGUUGCUGCCCCAUUGACAGAUCUUUUGAAGAAGGACGCUUUUACCUGGACGGAUUCGGCUCAGCAAGCUUUCAUUGAACUGAAAUGUUGCAUGACUUCUGCCCCGGUGUUGGCCUUACCAACUACGCAUUGGAUUUCGAGGUUGAAACUGAUGCUUCCGGUGUAG